AUGAGUACAAUCCAUGAACAUCCUGAAACGGAACCAAAAUGGUGGAAGGAGGCAAUUGUAUAUCAGAUUUAUCCAGCAAGCUUCAAGGACUCCAAUAAUGACGGGUGGGGUGACAUGAUAGGCAUUGAAUCAAAGCUUGAAUACAUCAGGGAUCUGGGAGCUGACGCUAUAUGGGUCUCUCCGUUCUAUGAAUCUCCGCAAGACGAUAUGGGAUACGAUAUUGCUGAUUACGAAAAAGUGUGGCAUAUCUACGGUUCCAAUGAAGAUUGCUUCAAAGUAAUCGAAAAAACACAUGACCUAGGCAUGAAGUUUAUUGCGGAUUUAGUUAUCAAUCAUUGUUCUAGUGACCAUGCGUGGUUCAAGGAAAGCAGAUCUUCAAAGACUAACCCAAAAAGGGACUGGUUUUUCUGGAUACCGCCAAGAGGUUAUGAUGAGAAUGGUAUCGCUAUUCCACCUAAUAACUGGAAGUCUUAUUUUGGGGGAUCUGCAUGGACUUUUGACGAGCAGACGCAAGAGUUUUACUUGCGACUCUUCGCUUCAACGCAGCCAGAUUUCAAUUGGGAAAACGAAGAUUGCAGAAACGCGCUUUUUGAAAGUGCUGUUGGUUUUUGGCUAGAUCAUGGAAUUGACGGUUUUCGUAUCGAUGUCGGGAAUCUCUAUUCAAAGGUUCCUGGCCUCCCAGAUGCACCAAUUACGGAUAAAGACUCAGUCUGGCAGCCCAGUGGUUCUUUAACUAUGAAUGGUCCGCGCAUUCACGAAUUCCAUAGGGAAUUAAAUAGCUUUAUCAGGAGAAGAGUGCGGGAUGGCAAAGAAAUUAUGACAGUGGGUGAGAUGCAGUACGCAACAGAUGAGGUUAAAAAGCAAUACACGAGUGCUUCGAGGCGAGAGUUGAGUGAGCUGUUCAAUUUUUCUCAUACCGAUGUGGGAACAUCACCUAUAUUUCGAUACAAUUUAGUUCCUGCCGAAUUAAAGGAUUGGAAGAUCGCUCUCGCGGAACUCUUCAGAUUUAUUAAUGGCAUUGAUUGUUGGUCUACUGUAUAUUUGGAGAAUCACGACCAGCCGCGUUCGAUAACAAGAUUCGGCGAUGACUCCUCAAGGUACCGUGUCAUCUCAGGAAAAUUGCUUGCCAUGCUCCUAUCUGUGUUGACCGGAACUUUAUAUCUUUACCAGGGCCAGGAAAUCGGCCAGAUAAACUUCAAAAACUGGCCAGUUGAAAAUUAUGAAGACAUAGUAAUAAGAAACAAUUACAGGUCCAUAAAGUCCAAAUACGGUGACAAAUCUGAACCAAUGAAAAAAUUUCUUGAUGGUAUUGCUCUUCUCUCUCGAGACCAUGCCAGGACUCCUAUGCAGUGGACUAAUGAAGAGCCAAACGCUGGAUUUUCGGAACCAAAUACUAAACCGUGGUUUUCAUUGAAUGGAUCGUUCAGAGACGGUAUCAAUGUUGAAGAUGAGGCUAAAGAUCCCAAUUCUCUUUUAAAUUUCUGGAAAAGAGUCCUCAAGUUUAGAAAAUACCACAAGGACAUCGCGGUUUAUGGCUACGAUUUUGAAUUCGUUGAUUUGGAAAAUAAGAAGCUGUUCAGCUUCACUAAAAAGUAUGGUGAAAAGAAACUAUUUGCAGCUUUGAAUUUUAGCGGCGAGGAGGUUAAUUACCAAGUGCCAAGCGACAGUUCUUAUUCAAUGGUUCUUGGAAAUUAUGGUAAACGAUCACAUCCACUCUCGACCAACUUGAUGCCAUGGGAGGGUAGAAUUUAUAUAAACGACAGUAAUAAUUCAGUGUAA